AUGCGUUCCGUUUUCGUGUGGGCCUCGCUUGCCCUGUCAGCGUUUGCUGCACCGAAUCCUAAGACUACACCAUGGGGCGAUUGGAAUGAUUGGAGCCGCGAAUGCAAUCCACACAACGUGAAGAUCCGCCGCGACUUCGACAAGCUGCCAACGCACGAGCGGAAAGCCUUCACCGAUGCAAUCAACUGCUUGCGCGACCAGCCGUCAGGGCUCGACCAACAGAAAUACUCCGCUGCCAUCAACCGCUUCUUCGACUACGCGGUCGUGCACACCAAUCUCACCAGCCGCGUGCAUCUUGACGGAUACUUCCUGACGUGGCACCGCAUGUUCGUGUGGCUCUUUGAGAAGGACUUGCAGGAGACCUGUGGUUGGAACGGGACAAUGCCGUACUGGAACUGGCCUGGCACUGCCGGCAAGCUCGAGUCUGCGCCCAUUUUCGACGGCUCUGAGUACUCGAUGUCAGGAAAUGGUCUCCCCAACCCGCUGCCGCCGGUUUAUGCGCUCGGACCAAACUUCUCGCUGCCUCGCGGCUCAGGAGGCGGAUGUGUCACGACAGGUCCAUUCGCGGGCAUGAACUACACCAUGCAAGUGAUUCCCAGCAAUCUGCUAUCGCAAGGAGCGCCUCUGCCACCCACAACAUUCGUCAAGAACGAGUCCUGCCUCACUCGCGACCUCAACGACGCGGUCUCAACACUGUACCUCAACCAAACGGCAUACGAGCAGGCACUCGCAGCCCCAGACCAAGCGACCUUCAGCGUCCUCCUCAACGGCGUCUUCGGCGGCGCAGCCUUGGCCUGCACUCCGCUGCUCACUUCUCAAUCGGCCCUCCCUUUAGCUCGAUCUUCGUCUCACCACAAGAUCCGAUCUGACCUCCAUCCCGAGAUUGCGGAUCAGCUGUAUGGCACCAUGACUGCGGUCAAUAUUCCUCCGAGUGCCAAUGUCACGCUCGAGAGUGUCGUGCCGGACUUUGGGUACUUCAAGGAGGAUCCGAUUACGAUUGGGGAGUUGAUUAGCACGACUGCUGGGCCGUUCUGUUAUCGGUAUGAGUAUCCAGGGCAGUGCUGUGGGUGA